AUGAAGAAUGCUAAUGGGGUGUGGAUGGAGGAAAUGGAUGAAGUGGCGGAGGUGGAAUCAGAGUAUUUCAUGAAUAUCUUUAAAGCAGAUAACGUGUUAGUAACCUAUGAGACUAUGCAUGCCAUGCAUAUUAGGAAAAAGGGGAAGAAGGGGGCUUUAGCUCUUAAAUUGGAUGUCCAUAAGGCCUAUGAUAGGGUGGAAUGGGGAUUUCUUAAAGGAAUGAUGAUUAAAUUGGGGUUUUCGAAGAUUUGGGUGGAUAGUGUUAUGAGUUGUGUCUCUACACCCUCUUUUUCAAUCCGAAUUAAUGGCAAGGCCUAUGGGAAUAUUGUGCGUACUAGGGUAUACGACAAGGCUAAUAAAAAUGAAGUGCAGGUUGUUUUUGAUACUUUACAGCUAUAUGCUAAAGUUUCAGGCCAAUGCAUAAAUCUGGAGAAGUCUUUUGCCUAUUUCAAUAGUAAUGUGUCCGGGGAACAGAAAGCAUGGAUAAUUGAUAAAUUAAAGGUAAAGGAAGUCGAGAAGUUUGAUGCUUAUUUGGGGUUGCCUACUUUGAUAGGAAGACGAAAAUAUGAAACUUUUGCUUUUAUUAAGGAACGGGUUUGGAAAAAAAUGCAAGGUUGGAAGGGGAAGUUGCUCUCUCGGGUUGGCAAGGAGGUUCUCAUCAAAGCUGUGGCUCAAUCCAUUCUUAUGUAUUCAAUGGGGGUUUUCCAGCUACUUGGGAAAUUAUGUGAUGAGUUGGACACUAUGUGUGCUAGAUUUUGGUGGGAAUAA